AGUCUGGGCGUUUUGGUCAGAACUACCCCGGUAGCCUGACAGCAGGAGCUCGAGAGAAGCAUGGCUCAGCGGUGCGUUUGCGUGCUGGCCCUGGCGGCUAUGCUGCUCCUAGUUUUCCCCACCAUCUCCAGAUCGACGGGCCUGAGGAGCAAGGAGCGUCAGAGGGCGUCGAGAAUCCCUUCUCAGUUCAGCAAAGAGGAACGCGUCGCGAUGAAAGAGGCGCUGAAAGGUGCCAUCCAGAUUCCAACAGUGACUUUUAGCUCUGAAAAGUCCAAUACUACAGCCCUGGCUGAGUUUGGAAAAUACAUUCAUAAAGUCUUUCCUACAGUGGUCAGCACCAGCUUUAUCCAGCAUGAAGUCGUGGAAGAGUAUAGCCACCUGUUCACUAUCCAAGGCUCGGACCCCAGCUUGCAGCCCUACCUGCUGAUGGCUCACUUUGAUGUGGUGCCUGCCCCUGAAGAAGGCUGGGAGGUGCCCCCAUUCUCUGGGUUGGAGCGUGAUGGCGUCAUCUAUGGUCGGGGCACACUGGACAACAAGAACUCCGUGAUGGCAUUACUGCAGGCCUUGGAGCUCCUGCUGAUCAGGAAAUACAUCCCCCGAAGAUCUUUCUUCAUUUCUCUGGGCCAUGAUGAGGAGUCGUCAGGGACAGGGGCUCAGAAGAUCUCAGCCCUGCUACAGUCAAGGGGUGUCCAGCUAGCCUUCAUUGUGGACGAGGGGGGCUUCAUCUUGGAUGAUUUCAUUCCUAACUUCAAGAAGCCCAUCGCCUUGAUUGCAGUCUCAGAGAAGGGUUCCAUGAACCUCAUGCUGCAAGUAAACAUGACUUCAGGCCACCCUUCAGCUCCUCCAAAGGAGGCAAGCAUUGGCAUCCUUGCUGCUGCUAUCAGCCGAUUGGAGCAGACACCAAUGCCUAUCAUAUUUGGAAGCGGGACAGUGGUGACGGUAUUGCGGCAACUGGCAAAUGAGGUUUAUGGAGAGAAAUCCCUUAACCAAUGCAGUAGUCAGGACCACCACGGCACUCACCAUAUUCAAAGCAGGGGUCAAGGUGAAUGUCAUCCCCCCAGUGGCCCAGGCCACAGUCAACUUCCGGAUUCACCCUGGACAGUCCAAGAGGUCGUAGAACUCACGAAGAACAUUGUGGCUGAUAACAGAGUCCAGUUCCAUGUGUUGAGUGCCUUUGACCCCCUCCCCAUCAGCCCUUAUGAUGACAAGGCCUUGGGCUACCAGCUGCUCCGCCAGACCGUACAGUCCGUCUUCCCGGAAGUCAAUAUUACUGUCCCAGUUACUUCUGUUGGCAACACAGACAGCCGAUUCUUUACAAACCUCACCACUGGCAUCUACAGGUUCUACCCCAUCUACAUACAGCCUGAAGACUUCAAACGCAUCCAUGGAGUCAACGAGAAAAUCUCAGUCCAAGCCUAUGAGACCCAAGUGAAAUUCAUCUUUGAGUUGAUUCAGAAUGCUGACACAGACCAGGAGCCAGUUUCUCACCUGCACAAACUGUGAGGUCAAGGGGCCUGCUGGGUUAGGCAUGCCCGACCCCGGGACAGGACUAACCCAAGGGGGAAAGCUAGUGUUGAUGAAACUUUUGAUCAAAACCGCAUUGUAAAACAUUGCCCAUCUGUCUUACUCACUCUUAAACUCACCCAAGAACAAGGCCGGGGUAAGGUAAAGUCAGCAGAAAUCUGGCUUCUCCCUUCCUCCCGACAUCUGCAUCCCUUGAUCUACUGGCAUUUGCUGCCCUCUUGUCCCUUAUCUGUCUUAUGCUGGUUAUUUCACUGCUUCGCCUUCCAGGCUUGACUUAAAUGUAGAUUUGAGAAAUCUCAACCAGAUGUUACAUGAUAGGAAUCUUUAAUUUAGGGCACUCUUGCUGGGAUGCUUUCUCCAGAGCUUAUAUAUUUCUUCUUACUAGAACUUUCUUCCCCCUUUUAUUCCGCUCUCUUCUUGGACUCAUGAGCUGUCUCUUCUUCUCUCCUCUCUCUCCUGCAUCUCUCCCCUUACUCUCCAAUUUGUUCUACUUCUGGACCUGGACUUACCCAAACUGUGAUACUACCAUAAUUGUCACCAUAAUCAGUCAAAUAAAGUGACUUGUGCAUCA